AUGGGAUCUAAAAGAGUAGCCAUCAUUGGAGCAGGAGCCAGUGGGCUGCCCGCCAUUAAAGCCUGCCUGGACGAAGGUCUGACCCCUGUCUGCUUUGAGAGGACGGAUGGUUUAGGUGGCCUGUGGCGUUACACAGAUGAACCUAUUGAAGGUCAGGGAUGUGUGAUGAAGUCCACCGUGAUCAACACCAGCAAGGAAAUGAUGUCUUACAGCGACUUUAUCAUUCCAGAGAAAUACCCGGUCUUCAUGCACAAUACCCAGGUGUACGAGUAUUUCAAAUUGUAUGCAGAACACUUUGAUUUAGAGAAGUACAUCAACUACCACGAGGAAGUCUUGUAUGUCAGGAAAGCAGAAGACUACGCCAGCAGUGGCAAGUGGGAGAUCAAACGUAGGAACAGGAAGACAGACGAGGAGAAAGUGGAGGAGUUUGAUGGGGUUCUUGUGUGCUCCGGCCAUCACGCUGAUAAACAUGUGCCAACUUUUCCAGGGUUAAAUGAUUUUAAGGGACAGGUGUUACAUUCACACGAUUAUCGUAAACCAGAUGGCCUAGAUGGCAAAAGAAUUGUGGUCAUUGGCAUAGGUAACUCAGGGGGAGACGCGGCUGUCGAACUUAGCAGAAGAGCUUCACAGGUUUUUCUCAGUACCAGAAGGGGUACAUGGAUUUUUAACCGCGUUUCUUACCAUGGAUAUCCAGUGGAUAUGUUGUUUAUAAAACGUCCGGCUGUGUAUUUGUUGAAAUACUUCCCCUCCUGGAUUGACAGGCUUCAGAGACAAACGCUGAACAGGAGGAUUGAUCACGACCUUUACAGCCUUCGACCAGACUAUGGCCCGUUGAGCCAGCAUCCUAUGGCCAAUGACGAUAUGCCUAACAGGAUCAUCUGUGGGUCUGUCAAGAUCAAGACAGACAUCAAACGGUUCACCAGCAUGGGGGUGGAGUUUGUGGAUGGGACAUUUGAGGACAACAUUGAUUUGGUUGUCCUAGCUACCGGCUACACCUUUGGCUUCCCUUUCAUUGAUAAAAAGCUCAUAGAUGUACAAGAGAACCGGGUUCAGCUGUACAAAAACAUGUACCCACCAAAUCUGGAGCACAACAGUCUGGCUGUGAUUGGGUGUUUCCAACCACUGGGGGCCAUUAUGCCCAUCUCAGAGCUGCAGUGCAGGCUGGCAGCAAGAGUCAUUAAAGGCGUGACAUCAUUACCUUCUAGAGGAGAAAUGUGGAAUGACAUCAGGAAAAAUGAAGCAGAAAUGGCUCAGAGAUACGUCAAGUCUCAGAGACAUACAAUCCAGGUGGAUUACAUCCCAUUUAUGGAUGAGCUGGCCCAACUUGUUGGAUGUUCCGUGAAUUCAAUUGACCUGCUGAAGAAGGACCCAUUCUUGGCUCUUAAAGUCCUAUUUGGCCCAGCGACACCAUACCAAUACCGGUUAUUUGGCCCCGGAAAAUGGUCAGGAGCUCGAGAUGCAAUUAUGACCCAGUGGCAACGGAUAGAAGCACCCCUGAGGACUCGACCUCUGCCCCCAACAAAAUGUGGCAGCAUAACUGACAGUUACCUGAAGAUAUUUCUCUUCCUUCUAGUUAUUUACAUUUUGUUUUGGCUGUUGUUUAGGUAG